CCCCUCAGCCGCACUUCCGCCCCUCAGCUGCAUGGCCGCGCGCCGGAGCCGCGCAUGCGCAGCGGUCCAUGGAGCUGCCGGAGUCGGGACAGGGGCUGCUCUGUCGGGGAGAACCGGCGGCUGAGGCGGCCUUGGCCCGACUUAGCACUCAGGCCUGUGAGUCAGGAGAUACAAAGACUUCCAAAGAAGGACCAGUUCCUCGGAUGUGCCCCCUCACAGAGAGAUGAAGGGGCAGCAGAAAACAGCUGAAACGGAAGAGGGGACAGUGCAGAUCCAGGAAGGUGCAGUGGCAACUGGGGAAGACCCAACCAGUGUGGCUAUCGCCAGCAUCCAGUCAGCCGCCACUUUCCCUGAUCCCAACGUCAAGUACGUCUUCCGAACUGAGAAUGGGGGCCAGGUGAUGUACAGGGUGAUCCAGGUGUCCGAGGGGCAGCUGGAUGGCCAGACUGAGGGGACUGGUGCCAUCAGUGGCUACCCUGCCACUCAAUCUAUGACCCAGGCGGUGAUCCAGGGUGCAUUCACCAGUGACGAUGGCGUUGACACAGAGGGCACAGCUGCUGAGACGCAUUACACUUACUUCCCCAGCACAGCCGUGGGGGAUGGGGCGGCAGGGACGACAUCCGGGAGCACAGCAGCUGUGGUCACUACCCAGGGCUCCGAGGCACUGCUGGGACAGGCGACCCCUCCCGGCACUGGUCAGUUCUUUGUGAUGAUGUCACCACAAGAAGUGUUGCAAGGAGGUGGCCAGCGCUCCAUUGCUCCCAGGACCCACCCUUACUCCCCGAAGUCAGAAGCUCCCCGGACAACUCGGGAUGAGAAACGCAGGGCGCAGCAUAACGAAGUGGAGCGCCGCCGCCGAGACAAGAUCAAUAACUGGAUUGUGCAGCUGUCGAAGAUCAUCCCCGACUGCUCCAUGGAGAGCACCAAGUCUGGCCAGAGCAAAGGUGGGAUUCUAUCCAAAGCCUGCGAUUACAUCCAGGAGCUUCGGCAGAGUAACCACCGGUUGUCUGAAGAGCUGCAGGGGCUGGACCAGCUGCAGCUGGACAAUGACGUGCUUCGACAGCAGGUGGAAGAUCUUAAAAACAAGAACCUGCUGCUGCGAGCCCAGCUGCGACACCACGGAGUGGAGGUGGUCAUCAAGAGUGACAGCAACUAGCUGUAGGCAUCCAGGGGCUGUGGGCCCUACAACCCUGUUCCCAGGACUGCAGACAGCCCAGGAGCAGCAGGCUAACCUGGGCCCCUUUCCUUCACUGCCCACUUCUGGCACGGACGGGACUGGGGGAGCUGAGAGGCGUGUGUCCAGAGGCCCUGUGGUAGCAGCCUGCAGGGGUGUGACACAUGGAUGUGUCCUGACAGCCUCGCCCAGCCCCACCGCGCAGCCCUGGGCCCUGGUGCCCCUCCCGCACAGUGCGUGUGCCGGCUCCAUGCUGGGUACUGGACACACGGAAGUGGGGGGUCGCCCAAUGCUCGCUCACAGUGCCAGCAGAGGGUCUGCUGAGCAGUGCUGCUCCGGCUGCCCCGGGACUCGGGAACUUGCACUGGUUCUCCCUCCCCUGGAGGUCAGAGGUGCACCUGAGGAUGCUGGGGAACGGAUGCUGAGCAGUGGCUGCUGCCCCAGGAGGAGAAGACUGGCCCUCAGCCGAGGCCUAUGCAGGAGCCUCUGGAGCCAGGGAGAGCCACAGGCCGGGGCUCAAAGGAUCUUCCCCUUCCUGGGGACUGUGUCUUUUUUCCCUUUUCUUUCCUUUUUUUUUUUUUUUUUUUUUUUAAAGAUAAAAUAUUCAGAGCCA